CUGUGUCGUCUGUGUACCUUGCUGGAAAACGCCCAUUAUAAUUCAGUAUCGCAACAACGUAAUAUCGAAUACGGUCAAAUGAAAUAGAUUCAUUUCCGCUUCUUAAACUUAUACAAUCGAUAUUAAUUGAAUACUUAUUCAAAUGAAUUUAAUUAUUAUCAAGCUACACUUAUUAACAUUUAUUAAAAAAAAGUUUUUGUCAGUCUUUGUGUCGCUCUACAGCGUAGGUUAGGACUGAUGAUCUAAUAUUGAACAAGAAAUUUUGUUGCUGUGGAAUUUAAAAAUUAUAAAACAGCUUUAGGAAAAAAAAAUCGAUGAUGAGAUGUGUAAGAUUUCAAAGCGAUAAAAGACCGCAUUGGAAUGCGAGAGAAGUUGCAGAAAACGUGACGACGAAUGAGAAAGUAGAUAAGAAUAAUGACAACUCUUCUGAAAAAUAUGAUGGAUGUGCAAUUUCCAAUCAUAGCACACCAGUUACAAGUAGACAAAAUACGAACAAUGUUGAAGAAUUACAAGAGCCUGAUCAUUAUCAAAGUCCAAUUUUGCUUCCAUGUACGCAAGAGGGUGGUAAUGAGGUUGCGUGGGAUUGGCAUAGUUCUCUUAGGAAAACUCCUGAAAGUAGAAAUAAAGAACAAAAUGUCCAUUGUGAGACGCCUAAAGGAACUAAGCUGUUGCACAAAAAAAGGAACUCGGAUUCACCUUUGUUGUACAAGCCACUUAAAAGAAAGACCAUUAAUAUGGAAAAUAUAGAAAACAUUGGACAAUUUGCAGCUGAGUUACAAGCAUUAACCAAACAGAUGAGUGUUAUAAAACACAAUGACCAUGAUCAUUUAAAUAAUCAAGCCGAGAAAGAAGUGCCGAUCUUAGAAGAUACAAACUACAAAGAAGAAAUGUCAACAAAUGAAGAUAACAAGCAGAAAUCCAUUGAAGAAGUCAAUGACCAUAACAAUUUUAUUAAGACAGAAAAUUAUGGUGAUUUAUUCGAUGAUUCGAUAGAUUAUGAUAUGAUUAGAUGCACUCAAGAGAUAGAAGAGAAAUUAAAUUCGAUCGUGGACAAAGAUAAUUCUACACAUUCAGAGCCAAGUGUCAAGAAAGAAGAAUUGUCUCAAGCAUCUCAUACAAAUAAUGCAUCCAAUAAAAAUACUAUACAGUCUACUUCUAAUGAAAAUUUUAGAGAAUUGUCAACUGAAAAUAGCUUUCACAGAAGUACAAAUAAUAAUAACACAUUAAAGACAUACUCAAAAUUAUCGUUGAAAAAGGAUUCAGAUUCUAGUAUACAUAUUGCAAAACAGACAGAUAAAAACUUGUAUAAAUCGUGUCUGAGCAACAACAAUAUGAUACAUUCCAAUAUCAGAGACCCAUGUGACGACAAGAAAUUAUUAAAAAAUAAAGUUACAAAAUCAUUUGAUUUUCCUGAUGACUCUUUUGAUGAUUGUUUAGCAGCCUGUAUCGAGGAGGAAAAAUUAUUACCAGCAAUGUUCGAUUCUUUGGUUGAUAGAAACGAUACUAUGAAAUCUGAAGCUAGUUAUGGACGUUUGACUCAUGCGCCAUUAAAAUUGGAAGCCAACUCUUUUAAGUUUACAUUGAAGGAUGAAACGUCUAGCGCUAACUUGUCAGCAGAUAAAAAGUUUUUUAAGAGCAAAAGUUUAUCUGAUCAAUACAUUAGUCAGAACACGAUUACGAACACUAAAAAUAAAGCAAACCCGAUGAGACCCACAUUACACCUGAACCCGACCAAAAGCUCGACGAUAACGUAUACAAGUGUCAUGCGUGCCUCCGUAAGUACAAAUCCGAUUGUUACUAAUGGCUGUAAAGUCGAGAAUAGUGCAAUUUCGUUAAUGCGCGGCGCGGAUCGAACGCAUGGGUCCUAUGAUGUUAACAGGUGCACAGUAAAAGAAGAUGGUGAUCGUUUCGUUAGGCACCAUUCCACUGGUAAUAUGAAAAACGAUACGAAAGAAAGACUGUCAAAGACUGGUUCGCAGCCGGCUCAGUGUACUCCAGAAGAGAUCGAAAGGAAGAGAUUGCAGGCUUUAAUGAGGCUCCAAGCGAAAAGAAAGCGGUACGCUGAAAUGAAGAUUACAAAUAACAUUAAUAGGUGAAGAAUAAGUGCCUUAUCUUCUAUUACCUACUUGUUAUUUGAAAGUGAUAUUUUAUACUUUCUUAACUACAUAUAAUCCUGUAUAUUGUUUCGUCGACGAAACUAUUCUCAUCCUGUGAUCGUCAUUGUUAUCAUUAUCGUCAUAUUCAUCAUAAUCAUCAUUGUUAUAUUGUAUAAAAUAUUUUUAAAAAGAAGUUGCACAAAUAUAUUUAUGAUUAUAACAAUAUAA